GUCGUUCUGUGUUUCGUCAUCGUUUUCCGAGGCAUAUACACAAAAAAAAGUGCAAAAAGCAUUUGACAACGAAAAUGGCAAAUUUCAUAAUCAAGAGUUUAGCUUUCUUGGACAUUUGCACAGCUGUUGUAGUCAUUAUCUUCCAGAUAAGUACUUUGGUCCGCUACUCGUCAAAUCCAGAAACGGGCGAUUUAGAAAAGGUGGCAGCAGGAAUUUGGGCUGGAAUCAGCUUCAUGAUUACGGGCAUUGUCUUCUGGCGAUCAGCCCACAAAGGAAAAUUGGAGCGUGUUUACAACCAAUGGGAGGUGGCCACAGCUUUGAUCUCAUUCUUUUGUUCAAUCGCACUGAUUGGCGUCAUGGCUGCUAAUAUUGAAGCAAUUGAGGAAGAUUGGUAUUGCCUCUAUCGGUAUAUUCCCAAAGACCAUUGUACAGUGCAACACGCACUCGAUGGAGUGAUGCUUUUCGGUGGUUGCUUUGCAUGCGUCAUCAACGGAGCUCUCAGUUUCAUUUCUUGCUACUGUUACAACUGAGAAAACCAAAACUGAUACACAAAUUUCAAUACAAACGUCCCAAAAUUUACAAAAACGGAAGAAACAAAUUCCAAAUCUUCCAAAAUAAACUAUUUUUCGUUCACGUACGCACUCCCAUGAAAAUUCUGUUUACCAUAGUGUUUGUACCUUUUACACCUAUCAUCUGGGUUGUCCGGAAUAUCAUAAUACAUCAUACACAAUGACAA